CAGUAAAGCAAGGGAAUAGUAUGCAUGAAGAUUCUCACCGAAAAACAAUAUGGAACUCAAGCACCCAGCCCUUCUAGCCCCUAAUAGUCACUGAUAAAAAGAAAAUAGGUAGUUAAGUCCGAUUCGAAUUACCUAGAUAAUAAUAUUCAGAGAAAAUACCCCAAAUCGGACCGAAGGCACCAGAUGGGAAAAAAUAUUUGUGCCCCAAACCUGAAAAUGAAAUAAGGAUUACUUCAUGGAACAUGCAUUAUAUUGACGUGUUAUGUACAGAGAGAAUGUUUUAAAACUUGAUAAAACAUAAUAAUAGCUUAAGAGGUAAAAAAAACAUAAGAAAUGGUGCAAAACCACUGGGAUAUAGGUGGAUAGUGAAGGAAAGGAACAAUAAGUUGUUGGCCAUGUUGGCACCAAAGAAAAUGAUAUUUAAAAUAUGGAGAACCAAAAUUCGCUGAGA